GCCCACACCCAACCCUUGCCCUGUCCCCUUCCUGUCCCCAGGAGCGGUUCCAUGGCGGUGGCCGCGGCGCUAGGUUCCCUGGGCGCGGUGGCCCUGGGCACCUUCGUGGUGGCCCUGCUGCUGCGGUGGCUCUGGGAUGCGCUGGUGGCUGUCACGCGAUUCAGGGCCACUUGUCGCCAGCUGAACAAGUUCCCCAUCCCGCCCUGGCGCAAUUGGUUGCUGGGACACACUGGCAUGGGCCGGAGCACGGAGGAAGGACUACAGCAGGUGGACACCUUGGUGGCCCAGUACCGUCAUGGCUGCCUCUGGUGGGGACUUCCCUGGCUGCCUGUCCUGCGCCUCUUUCACCCCAGCACCCUCCGGCCACUCCUCAGUGCCUCAGCUUUCGUGGCCCCCAAGGACAAAAUUUUCUACGGCUUCCUCAAGCCCUGGCUGGGGGAGGGGCUGCUGCUGAGCGACGGGCAGCGCUGGGCGCGGCACCGGCAACUCCUGACACCCGCCUUCCAUGGGGAUGUGCUCCGGAAUUACCUGGGAAUCUUCAACCAGAGCACUCGCGUGCUGCUUGCCAAGUGGGGGGCAGCAGCAGUGGCAGCUGGUGGGGGGCCAGUGGAGCUGGAGGUGCUGCAGCCCCUGAGCCUCCUCACCCUGGACACGCUCCAGAAGUGCAUCUUCAGUCACGAGAGCCACUGCCAGGAGCAGCCCAGCGAGUACAUCCAGGCCAUCCUGGAGCUGAGCUCAUUGGUGGUCCGGCGUCAGUUCCAGCCACUUCUUCACCCGUGGUGGCUCUACAGCCUCUCCUCUGAUGGCCGGCGCUUUGCCCGCGCCUGUGCCACUGUCCAUGCCUUCACUGCUGAUGUGGUGCAGCGCCGGCGCCAGGCACUCGCCUGCCUGGGCCACCAGGCCUGGCUGGAUGGCCACCGGGGACGCAGCAUGGACUUCAUCGACCUCCUGCUGCUCACCAAGGACGAGAAUGGCCACACCCUGUCAGACAAGGACAUUGCAGCUGAGGCAGACACCUUCAUGUUUGAGGGCCAUGACACCACGGCCAGUGGCCUGGCAUGGCUCUUCUACAACCUGGCCGGCCACCCUGAGUACCAGGAGCGAUGCCGCCAGGAGGCCCAGGAGCUUCUGGCUGGCCGGGACUCUGUGGACAUUGAAUGGGAGGACCUGUCCCAGCUGCCCUUCACCACCAUGUGCAUCAAGGAGAGCCUGCGGCUGCACCCUCCUGUCACUGCUGUGUCCCGGCGCUGCACUAAGGACAUCCCCUUGCGUGAUGGCCGUGUCAUCCCCAAAGGGGUCAUCUGCUUGAUGAGCAUCUACGGGACCCACCACAACCCAGACCUCUGGCCCGAGCCUGAGGUAUUCAACCCUCUGAGGUUCAGCCUGGAAAACAGCAAGGGACGCUCCCCGUCAUCCUUCAUCCCCUUCUCUGCUGGCCCCAGGAACUGCAUCGGGCAGAGCUUUGCCAUGGCUGAGAUGAAGGUGGUAGUGGCAUUGACACUGUCCCGGUUUGUGCUGCGGAGGGACACGGCAAGGCCACCCCCGCGCCGCAAGCCCGAGCUGAUCCUGCGUGCCGAGGACGGGCUCUGGUUGCUGCUGGAGCCACUGGUGGGAGUGGCCUGAGGGACAGGGGUCACCAGGACAUGGGGACAUCCCGCAAGGCAGGUGUCACAGCCAGAGGAGGAGCAGGGAAUGAAUGGUAGCAUAAAGAGGACAGUAGUGGGGAUGUGAUGUCCUUGGUCAUGGUUCACCACCAUGUGAACCCAUGGACUUGUCCCCUAGGCCACUUGUCACCAUCCAUUGCCAUAUAGCCCCCCAUGUCACCAUCUAUAACUGUGACACCCCCCCCAUGCCCAAUAUCGCCAUCCACAGCCAUGUCCGCACCCAUGUCCUUGUCCGUAUCCCCAUCCCCACCAUGUCUCCCAAUGUCACAAUCCAGGUCUUAGCUGAAUGUCUUUAUUUUACCCUAAUGUUUGGGUGAAGGGAUGAAGAAAAAUGAAGGGAAAUCAAAGCCAAAAUAAAAGGAUUUACGUGUCCA